AUGGCAAAGUACUUGAUUCCGGCAUCUGUGCUGCUGUCGCAGUCGGUUGCGGCUGCGAGUCUGUUUGACUCGUACGUGAGCUUGUCGUUCGAGCUUAUUGGCUUUCCUACUUUCGCUGGAACAAAGCACCAACCCAAUGCCUUCUCCCACAACCUGAUGCACAACUUGGCCGAGCUUCAGGGCAGCGGCAUUGUUGUGCGAGUCGGUGGAAACUCUGGUGAUCGUGCCAUCUACGAUCCGACCUUGACCACAUCCACAGCCAGCGCAUGCCCCAAUGCCGAUCCCGGCGCGUGGCAGUGCAUUGGUACGACCUUCUUCGAGUCUUACGGCGGCUUCCCGGCCGGCACCCGCUACUCUCAUCAGUUCAACCUCGGUGCAUACAACUCCUCUGGAUGGGCUACCCUCGAGGCUACGGUGCCACUGGCUUGCAAGGCUCUUAGAGGCCAGCUCGAGUUCUGGGAGAUGGGAAAUGAGCCGGACCUGUUCACCGGAAGCAGACGCCCCAGCACGUACAAUGCUUCCCAGUACUCCAACGAGUGGUUGAACUCAACCCAGCACUUUGAGAGCUACCUCCACAAGGCCUGCCCAGAUCUCUUCGGCAGCCUCAAGUACAUUGCUCCGUCUUUGAGCUCUCCUGGUGCCAAGCUGCACAUUGCCGACAUCUUCCCCGACGAGGGCAACGCCACGGACAAGAUUACUCAAGUCUCCAUCCACAACUACAUGAACGGCGCCACCGUUCCCGGCGUUACUCUGCAAAACACUCUGAUGAGCCACAAUGCCGUUGUCAAGUCGAUCACCAACCACGUCAACUACGCCAAGACUUCUACCAUUGAUGCCGAAUACAUCAUCGGCGAGCACAACAGCUUGUACGGAGGUGGUGCUUCGGGUCUCUCUGAUGUCUUCGGAGCUGCUCUCUGGGCCAUGGAGUUCUCUCUCUACGCUGCUUCCACCGGCGUCAUCAAGCGAAUCCACUUCCACCAGUCUGUGGGCUCUCCUUACGCCGCCUGGGUUCCUUCAGGAACUCUCGCAACCAAUGCUCCGUACUAUGGAAAGCUGGCUGCCAGCACCUUCUUGGCUCGCUCCAACACCAUUGAGGUUAAGACCAUUGCUUUGAACAAGGAUGCUGACUUGGACUCUGGAUAUGGCGCGUAUAUCAACGGUGAUUUGCGCCGCAUCGCGGUUCUUAACCUCAGACAGUACAACGCUGGCAACGGUACCCGUGCAAGCCAGACCUACACCGUCAAGGUUGCUCCUGGAUCUUCUUGGAAGGCUCAGCGCCUCACUGCUGCUGGCGCCACCGACAAGACUGGUGUCACUUUCAACGGCUUCUCUUACGAUGCUGACUCCAACGGCGUGGCGAAGCGCGUCAACGGCAAGGAGUCGGGCAAGGUCAUCAGGGCUGACCGCAGCGGUAGCAUUACGUUUACCGUUCAGGAUACCGAGGCCAUUGUUCUGCUGAAGAACUAA